UGGUGGACAGUACAAGCAACUCCGCAGCUAUGGACAAGCCACAGAGAAGGACAAAAAACUACAAUGGUGGCGACACAGGUCCGAGGUACCGACUGCUGCUGCUGAGUUUGGGACUGCUGAACGUGGCGCUGUUGAUAUGUGCAGUUGUUAUUGGAAUAAUGUGUGCCCAAAUAAGGCAGAACUCCCUCCACGUGUCCCAUCCAGUUGCAGCACAGCUCCUCAAUCAGCUCCAUGAUCUCCACAACAACCACAGUGACGUGAUCAUGGCUGAGGAGGACGCCAAGAGAGCUUUAGAGACAGCGGUCAAAAACCACGCCAUGCUCAAAGACCAGCUCCAACAAAAACAGAUCAUCAAUGACGGCUAUCAAAAACAGCUUGAGGCUCUGCGGACUGAGAGGACGACCCUGCUCUCUAACAUUUCAGCUCUGGAGAUGUCAUGUGGGAAAUGCCCCCCUGGAUUUCUUCAUUUCAACACCUCCUGCUACUUUUUUUCAUACGCCGAGUCCUCUACUGUCAAAAAGAACUGGCACAACAGCAGAACAGACUGCAUCAACCGUGGAUCUGACCUGAUUGUGAUCGACAGCCCAGAGGAGCAGACAUUUGUGGGUAACAGCGUUAAGAAAAUGGUGCAAGGUCUAAAUGUCUGGCAGAAUGGUUUCUGGGUGGGUCUCACCGACAUGGACACAGAGGACCACUGGGUGUGGAUUAAUAAUGUCACAGAGGUGGAACCAAGAUACUGGAUGGAUGGAGAACCAAACGAAUAUGGGAUAGGUGAGGACUGUGCAGCUGUAGUGUACAGCUCUUCCAACCCUUGGAAGUCCCGAAACGAUGCAAAUUGCCAGAGGAACGAGCUAUACUGGAUAUGUGAGAAGGUGUCAAGAUAAGACCAGUGGUUUCGUCUGAUGUGUUGAUCCAACAUUCUUGAU